AGGGCGCAGGUGCCGCCUGGACGUUCUGGAGCAGAGUCCGGAAGUGGGAGCUGCCUCCACGUGGGUGCAGCAUGGGGGCUCCUGGAGGGAAGGUCAACCGGCCGCGGACGGAGCUGCAGAAGAAGCUUUUCAAAAGACGCCGUGUUUUGAGCAAGCAGAAGAGAAGGAAACAUCGGAUUGUGGGCGCCGUGGUGGACGCGGGGCUCAUCACUGUCCACCACUUGAAGAAACGCUCCUCCAGCUCUCGAGCAAAUAUUACCCUGUCAGGGAAGAAGAGGAGGAAACUGCUGAAGCAAAUCCGCCAUACCUCUAAGGAGGCGGCUACCAUGCAAAUCGAUGCUUCUCCAGGUUCAAGGAAAACCACCCAGAGCAAGAAGGGGAAGAAAGAGAGGCAGGAAAAUCUCUCAGCCCACCCAGAUGUGGAGAUGGCAGAAAUGGAGCCGGGCUCAGAGAGCUGAGAUCUCCCUCCGAAGUCUGGCUGUUAGUUUCCAUGGAUCCCUUCUCGUGGCUGCUGCUGUUGGCAGGAAUCUGUGGGGCCCCAGAAACUGCCAACCAGGUGGACAUGGAUUGUGGCUCAGUUCAGCACCAGAAACUUCAAUGUAACCCUGUCCCUUUAUGGAGACCAGUUUUCCCAUUGGAAAGGCUUGCUGCUCUGUCUGCCUGAGAUCAUCUGAGAGGAGACGAGGGACGCCUGCCAUGCCCGCCGUCAACACCCCCAUGGUAACCUCUGUUGAUUUGGCGCCCCAAGCGACCCCUCAGGUGGCGCUCUUGUCCUGCUCCCUCCUUCGUGUUGUCUUGGGGAAACGCCUGUGGGUUCCUUGCAUUUUGAAGCAGCACAUAUUGGAAUCUUAGGGACCAGCGUAGUCCUUGGUACAGAGAGAGUGCAUGAAACUGAAUCACUUUGGAAGAAUAACCAGCCUUGCCCUGUGCUCAAGAAAGUCUGGUAUACAGAGCGUGCAACCCCAGGAACGUUGGUGCCUAAGAUCAGGCUGCGGACAGACUGGGGGCGCUUCAAAACCUGACUCAACUGGCAGUGGGACCCAUCUUGUCUCUUCACCCAAUAAACACCAAGCUUUCCUGUUUUCAUACCUCCGCCUGUACAUCCUCAAGACCCUGGAUGCUAUCCCAAUAAAAUGGGCGGAAUCCCUUUGGCUGUUGA